AUGAACCCUGUCAUGGCUAGAAGUGGUGGUUCUCGGACUCGAAUGAAGAAACCUUGUGAUUGCUGCAAAAGGUACUUGGACCAUUUGGAACAAAAGAAUCAAAAUGUAAGCUGCUUCCUAGGGCAUAUGACUGCCAAUUCUAAACAUAGCAUGGUAGUGCCAGACAGAUUUGUGAAGCAGUUUGGAGGAAGGUUGUCAGGAACCAUCAAAUUAGAAUCCCCUAAUGGCAAUCUGUACGAUGUUGAAGUUUCAGAGCACUUAAAUAAGUUGAUGCUCCGACAUGGAUGGGACGCAUUUGUUGAUGCAAAUCACAUAGAAGAGAAUGACUUCUUGAUCUUUCGUCACAUUGAGAAAUCUCAUUUUGAGGUUCUGAUCUUCGAUACUGAUGGCUGUGAGAAAGUCUUUUCUUGUGCUGGCCUAAGAAACACCCCAUGUGUUCAAGAACGAAGUGUAGAUUCUGUUGGUAUUUCAAGCAGUUCUUGUCAUGAUACCACAGAAUCAUCUAGAAGUGAAAGGUCUGCAAGGUCUGAGAAGAGUGGAUCAAGUAACCAUGGAAAGACCGCAAAGAUGGCUGCGACAUUCUCAUCAUCUGAGGAGUCAGAAGACACUCCAGUGGAAAAUGAACUUUCUGAGUCAGAUGACCUUCAGACACGGCCUGUGGUUGAUUAUGUUUUAGCACGUAGAAGUUAUCUAUCUAAAGCACAAAUGGAGAGAGUAACGGCUAUUAUUCAGAAAAUUCAACCUGAGAUCCCUGUUUUUGUAGCAGUCAUGCAGAAGAGCAAUGUUCAACCCCUGGGUCGUUUGAUUAUUUGUAAGGAAUAUGCAAUCCCACAUUUUCCACGAGAAACAAUGUAUAUCACACUCCAGAGCCCGGACAAGAGCAAGGAGUGGCAUCCCAGAUAUUACAUAAGAAAAGAUAAAAGUACGUACAUUCUUAGGGGGCAGUGGUUCAAUUUUGUUCGUGACAAUCAUGUGCAGGAAGGAGAUAUAUGCCUCCUUCUACCGACAAAAAGUCGAAGGAAAUUCAAGUUGACGAUCUAUCUGCUUCGCGCAACAGCAACUAAUUCCAAGGGUGGAACUGUUAGUAGAACUUGUUUUCAAAGGCCUGACCCAUGCCAUGCUAGAUCAAGUGGAAAGAUCGCUUCUGCAGUUAACGUUAAGGAGGAAUCAACAGAUGGAGAACAUGUUUCAUUGGAGAGUUACAUGAAAGAAACUUCUGAUGGAUCUCCAAACAGCAAGGAUUCUGGAGGUCCUCCUGAGCCUUCCUACAUUUUACCAGAAAUGAGCGGUCUAUCUCAAUCCCAAGAGAAGAUUAUUGAGGCCAAAGUGAGAGCCAUCAAAUCUGAAGUUCCCAUUUACAUAGCAAUAAUGAGGAAGACCAAUGCUGCUGUCUCUAAGCUAGAAUUCGGCAAAAAAUAUGGUGCUGCUCAUCUUCCAGCUAGAGAGCAAACCAUGGUGCUCCAGUGCAAGAGGAAGAUCUGGAAGGUCCAAAUGAAGGUUAAUAGUGGCCACAAGAGGUUUCUGGGGAGAGGCUGGACGACAUUUGUUCGUGACAACGGUCUGCAAGUCGGUGACCUCUGUCUGUUUGAACUGAAGAACGAGAGGAAGCUUACCAUGGAGGUCCAUAUCAUCUCCAGGGAGCAGUUUUAG